CUCUACCCGAGGUGCUGCACAAAGCUUUGUGAAGCUCUCGUCUUUGGCUUAUGAUGCUAAAAGCUCCUAAUCAGUCUGAAGUUUCCUAAAGAGAGCGGCCUGUCUUUGUUUCUUGACGCGAAACGGUUGCAUCGUCGAGGAGCAGGUUAGUUUUGAGGAAAACCUGCUGCCCUGUAAAGUUUGACGAGGUUUGGAUGAACCAUCUUUAGAAGUGUUUGACAGAGGUGUGAGGCAGCGAGACUCGCACCCAGCACUCUCCUGGCAGCCAUGCCGCCUCCGGCAGACAUCGUCAAGGUGGCCAUUGAGUGGCCGGGGGCCUUCCCUAAGCUCAUGGAGAUAGACCAGAAAAAGCCUCUUUCGGCCAUUAUAAAAGAAGUGUGUGAGGGGUGGUCUUUGGGGAACCAUGAAACCUUUGCUCUGCAGAUUGCUGAUGCAACAAAUUUCUAUAUCACAGAAAAGAAUCGCAAUGACAUCAAAAAUGGCUCCAUAUUGCGCCUCACAACUUCUCCUUACCAGACGGCCCUCCAGCUUCAUGAACGGAUUCAGUCAUCCAGCAUGGAUGCAAAGCUGGAGGCAUUGAAAGACCUGGCCAAUGCGUCCCGGGACAUCACCUUUGCACAGGAGUUCAUCAACCUGGACGGCAUCUCGCUGCUCACUCAGAUGGUGGAGAGUGGGACUGAGCGCUAUCAGAAACUUCAGAAGAUUAUGAAGCCAUGUUUCGGUGACCUGCUGUCCUUCACUCUGACGGCCUUUGUAGAGUUGAUGGACCAUGGGAUUGUCUCCUGGGACACGUUUUCUGUGGCCUUUAUCAAAAAGAUUGCCAGCUAUGUGAGCAAGUCAGCCAUGGACACGGCGGUACUGCAGCGUUCCUUGGCCAUCCUGGAGUCCAUGGUGCUCAACAGUCAGGAUCUCUACCACAAGGUGGCGCAGGAGAUCACUAUUGGACAGCUCAUUCCACAUCUUCAGGGGACGGAUCAAGACAUUCAGACCUACACCAUCGCUGUCAUCAACGCUUUGUUCCUCAAAGCUCCAGAGGAGAAGAGACAGUUUGAUGAGAACAUUGUGGACAUCCUAAAUUGUCCUCUGACAGAGAUGGCCCACAUUCUAGCUCAGAAGCAGCUGCGCUCCAUCAUUCUUACUAACGUGAUCCGGAGCCCCACACCCAUUAAUGAUGAGAUGGCACAUCAGCUGUACGUGCUUCAGGUGCUCAACUUCAACCUGCUCGAGGACCGCAUGAUGACCAAGAUGGAUCCUCAGGACCAGGCUCAGAGGGACAUCAUCUUUGAGCUUCGAAGAAUUGCCUUUGACGUGGAAUGCGAGCCUAACAACGGCGGCAGCAUAGAGAAACGUAAAUCCAUGUACACCAGAGACUACAAAAAGCUUGGCUUCAUUAAUCAUGUCAAUCCAGCCGUGGAUUUCACCCAGAUUCCUCCAGGCAUGCUGGCUCUGGAUAACAUGCUUUACUUUGCCAAACAUCACCAGGAUGCUUACAUCAGGAUUGUUUUGGAGAACAGCAGCAGGGAAGACAAGCAUGAAUGUCCGUUUGGCCGCAGCAGCAUCGAGUUAACCAAAAUGCUCUGUGAGAUCCUGAAAGUCGGCGAGCUUCCCAGUGAAAACUGUCAUGACUUCCACCCCAUGUUCUUCACCCACGAUCGGUCUUUUGAAGAAUUCUUCUGCAUCUGCAUCCAGCUGCUCAACAAGACCUGGAAGGAAAUGAGAGCCACCAGUGAAGACUUUAACAAGGUAAUGCAGGUGGUGAGAGAGCAGAUCAUGCGAGCGCUCUCUCUGAAGCCUAAUUCCUUAGAUCAGUUCAAGAGUCGCCUGCAGAACCUGAGCUACACAGAGAUCCUGAAGAUACGCCAGUCUGAGAGGAUGAAUCAGGAAGACUUUCAGUCCCGGCCCAUUUUGGAGCUGAGGGAAAAGAUCCAGCCAGAGAUCAUGGAGCUGAUCAAACAGCAGAGGCUAAACCGCUUGUGUGAGGGAACCUGUUUUAGGAAAAUCAGCAGUCGCAGGAGGCAAGAUAAGUUCUGGUACUGUCGGCUGUCUCCGAAUCAUAAAGUCCUGCACUAUGGAGAUCUUGAAGAGAGCCCUCAAGGAGAGGUCCCCCAUGACUCUUUACAGGACAAAUUGCCUGUAGCUGAUAUCAAAGCUGUUAUCACUGGCAAAGACUGUCCUCACAUGAAGGAAAAAGGAGCCCUCAAGCAAAACAAGGAGGUAUUAGAGCUGGCCUUCUCUGUCCUCUAUGAGUCGGAUGAAUACUUGAACUUCAUCGCUCCUGACAAGCAUGAGUACUGCGUAUGGACGGAUGGUCUGAAUGCCCUCCUGGGAAAGGAGAUGACCAGUGAUUACACCAAAAGCGACAUGGACACCCUGCUCUCCAUGGAAAUGAAGCUCCGCCUACUGGAUCUAGAAAACAUCCAGAUUCCUGAGGCACCGCCCCCAAUUCCCAAAGAACCUAGCAACUAUGACUUUGUUUACGACUGUAACUAGACCCUCAUUCCCAAUGCCUGAACCCCCCCCCCUGCCCAAACCCAGUCCGCACUGUCUAUAUUCACUGGACCAACCGCCCUUUUUCUCCAAAACUGGAAAAAGAAUAAAUAAAAAGUGAGGAAUGUUGAGUAAAAAGAACUGUGGGUGAGCUCUGGUUUCUGAUUAGAGCUUUAAAAGAGGAAUUAUGUUAAAUAUUGAUGUGUUUGCACAUGGGGGACUCGGGGUGUCAGUGCAGUCAUCAGGGUGGAGAAGAAAAGCCAGGAAGUUCGUCUGUCUCCACAUCGCUGCCAUAGCUUCCCUCCUGUGACUGAUGUUUUCAAACUUUCUCUGUUGCUUCCUUCCCGCAUAGGUCCUCGCUGUCUUCUUGCUUCUGUAGGCGCUUUGAAAUUUCACUCUCUUCACCUCCCUUGUUGUCGUUAGUUCUCUUUCUUUUUUUUUUUUUUCCUCAGGGGUUUUUUGUGAGAAGGGACAAAGAAGACAGGAAUCAGGAUGACGGUUUGAUUUUUAAGUUGAAGUACCAGAGAGACAUAAAGGAGGAGGGAUUUUGUUCGUCACCCUGUCCGAAGUAUUUCUUUUUCUGUCACAUUUCCAUUUGUGGCAGCUAAAUGGAGGCUGGAUGACACCCAGCAGAUCCAUAGAUCCUUAAAAUACUUCAUUGUUUUGGCUCAGUCUCAUUUUAAAAUACUGAAGACUGUUUAAAAAAAAGUGUUCCUCAAAAUCCAGCCACUUUACCACAGUAUUUUUUAUAUUCAUAUUGAUUUUACUGAAAAAAACAAAUGCUGCUCAUUACUUGUACAUACAGUGGCAGUGCCAUCAAACAACAGUAAAAGAGCCACCAUUGUUAAAAAAAAAAACACAAUCUUGUCUCUCCCUACUUCAAGUUUUUUUUUUUAAAGACUGCUGUAAACAACAUUCCUAAGCAAUAUUGGAGCUUUCGUUCUGUUUGUCAUUUGUAAGAUGAUCAUCAUUUAGUAAUUUUUAAUUGUGAACAGCCUGGUUUUAGGUGUUUGGUAAAGGGAAUUAGACGUUUUGAUUUGUCACUGUGUUUAUCAGACUAUAAAGGCCACAAAGGUGAAAGUUUAUGUAUUUUUUUUUUUUUAUUUAAAAAAAUGAUCAUUUUUAUUCCUAGUAUGAUUUAUAUUUGUCCUCCCUAUUUAAUGACUUUUUUUUUCCAAAGCCCCUAAAACUGCUGUUUACAUUAAAAAAUAAAUAAAA